AUGAGCAAAAUCUCCGUGGGUAACAAGUACCGCAUGACGCUCGGUCUUCCCGUCGGCGCCGUCAUGAACUGUGCUGACAACUCGGGAGCCAAGAACCUGUACGUGAUUGCUGUCUUUGGUGCCGGUGCUUCGUUGAACCGCCUGCCGGCGGCCUCGGCAGGAGACAUGUUCGUCGCCUCCGUGAAGAAGGGCAAGCCUGAGCUCCGUAAGAAGGUCAUGCCCGCUGUGAUUGUCCGCCAGCGCAAGCCAUGGCGCCGUGGCGACGGUGUCUUCUUGUACUUUGAGGACAACGCCGGCGUGAUUGUCAACCCCAAGGGUGAGAUGAAGGGCAGUGCCAUCACUGGUCCCGUCGCGAAGGAGUGCGCGGACCUGUGGCCGCGUAUCGCGUCGAACGCGGGUACUGUGGUCUAA